AUGUUGGAUUUUGGAACAACCUUCUCUGGGUGUUCGUAUGUAUUUGCUAAUGACAAUAUCGAUGAAAGACUUGAUAUAGCUGAAUGGCCAAAGAGAGGCGGAUCCAUCUACCCCAAAAUUUCAACUGCAUCAUUCUAUAACACGACGGGAAAAAAAGAAGUUCCUCUGGGGUUUUCCUUAAGGGCUGCUCAGGGGGGAUCAUUGUCCACUCCCUCAUGA